GUUUACAGAGGAUACAUAGAAAUUUCACUAGAUGGCUCGCACCUCUGCCCUUUCAGUAAAAUGAUGUUAACGCUUGCCCUGAUCCUGCUCUGUGCAGGACUUUCUUCUUCAAGAAAUUUAAUAAAAGAUUCCGGUCGGGAAUAUGAGUGGGAAAUGGCUGAAGUUGAUUCAAAUCAAAUCAGGGAAUAUUUGAUAGAACUAAGUAAAGAACCUCACAUGGCGGGGCUGGAAAGAGACAAGGAGUUGGCAGAAUGGAUGGCUGAAACCUGGAGAUCUGCUGGAAUAGAUUCUGUAUCAAUUGAGAACUAUAAAAUCCUUCUCGAUUAUCCAAAUUCUACAGAUCCCAACCUUAUCAGGAUUUACAACUCGAAAAAUGAGGAAGUGUUCAGAAGUCAUUUUAAAGAGGAAGGAGUAGAUCAUCCUAAUUUUGUUCAUGCAUUUAAUGCUUACUCAAAAAGCGGAACAGUGUCUGGUUUACCCUUGUAUGUAAACUAUGGAAGUGUUGAUGAUUUUCAACUUCUGAAAAAUAAUGGAACUGAGUUUAAAGGGAAAGUGUGUAUCGCUAGAUAUGGAAAAGUUUUCAGAGGAAAUAUAGCUGAUAACGCUGCAACCUUCGGAUGCUCUGCUGCUGUUAUAUUUUCUGAUCCUCAACAAGUGGCUGCUGAGGGGACAGAUGAAGAACAUGUUUAUCCCAACGACUUCUGGAUUCCAGGCAAAGAAAAGAAAAAGAUCCAGCGUGCUGCGCCAGUCAGGCGUACCGUACCCAGAAUUGUAUUCUCAACUACCAUGUCUAGUCAGACACUCCCUUUAAUAAUAUUGUGUUAUCAGGAGUUCCUUCCUCGGAUCCCAGUCCAGCCAAUAGGAUAUAAUGAUGCUGAGCAGAUACUUGCUCGUCUAGGAGGAGAUGUAGCUCCGGCAGAUUGGCAGGGCCAGAUUCCAGGUCUGACCUACAGAAUCGGGGGAGACUUCAAUGCCGAAAACCUAGGGUCGAAGCUGGAGGUGAGUGUUCACAAUGCUCUGGAGGAAAAGGAUUCUGCUAAUGUGGUUGGAGUUGUUUAUGGAGCAGAGGAACCAGACAGAUAUGUGAUGCUGGGGAAUCAUAGGGAUGCCUGGGGGUUCGGAGCACUAGAUCCCAGCUCAGGAACAGCUCAGCUCAUGGAGGUUGUCCGAGUAAUUGGAGAAAAGUUGAAAACAGGUUGGAGACCGAAAAGAACACUCAUGUUUCUCAGCUGGGGAGCCGAGGAAUACAGUUUAAUAGGAUCCAGGGAGUUUGUGGAAGAGUAUCAGGUCCAACUAGAGGAUAGAGGAGUAGCAUAUAUAAACACUGAUGUAUGUAUGGCUGGAAAUUAUCUAGAACCUCUGUCCUCUCCAACCCUAUCUCAUCUUUUUACAGAUGCUACUAAGGAUAUUGAUAGUCCGGAUGGGAAUGGAAGUUAUUAUGAUUUCUGGAAAAGAUACGAAGGUAUUCCAGAAGAUGAAGACUUUGAACCUCAUGUUGGAAUGAGUCCAGGAGCCGGAAGUGAUCAUGCUUCCUUUAUAUAUUUGGCCGGAAUCCCAGUUAUUGACAUCUCAUUUGGACCGGAUAGGAAGAAAUAUCCAAGUAUAGGUGGAUAUCCAGCCUACCAUACAGGCUACGAGACAUUUGAUCUUGUGGACAAGAUAUACGAUCCAGAGUUUGUAAUGUUUAAAGCUUGCGCUCAACUCAACCUUAGAUUAGGUCUGGAACUGGCAGAAUCCAGUCUCUUACCCUGGAAACUGGAGAACUAUGCUGAUGUUAUGGAAAGUGCUAUGUCAGACCUUGAAUCUUCUGGAGUUUUGUCUCAGCUCAAUAGUCUUGGAAUUCAAACUUCUUUUCUCAAUUCUUCUGUUUAUAAUUUCAGGGGUUCUGUGGCCAACUGGAGGGAGUAUGUAAAUUCUCUGGACACCUCUAAUCCUCUCACAGCUCGGGUUGUAAAUGACCAAAUCAGAGGAUUCGAGAAAACAUUCCUGCUCAACCCUGGACUUCCCGAUAGGUUACAGUACAGGCACGCCAUCAUUGCCCCAUCAAAGUUUGACGCAUACGGGGGUUCUGCAUUCCCAGGAAUAGGUGACUUAUUGUAUGGACUGGAUGAACUUAGCGAGACAGAUAGGACUGCUCAAAUCAAGAAGUUGAAGAGGCAUAUCUCAGAUCUAAUGAUAGUUGUGGAUAGAGCUGGAAAAUACCUCCGACCCGUUCCAACUCUGGCUCCGGUCAAUUCCUCUGCUGCCUCUGAAAUGAGAUUUUUAACAAACAUUUACAUUGUUUUCUGUUUAAUUGUAAACAAAUUGUCAUUCACUUUUUAAUUUUUUCGAAAAA